AUGUCUAUUUCCCCACAAUUAACAAAAUCAAGCCCAAUCGACGAUGACAAGGCCGAAGACGACUGGUCAGGACUAACCGACCCGGCAGAACGCCGCAGACGACAAAAUCGAAUUAAUCAGCGUGCCCGCCGGAGACGACAACGAUCCGAGGCGAAUAAAGACAUCCACCCGAAAAGCGUAGUCGCCUCCGUCCCUGCAUCCUCUGCGACCGCACUUGUCCGCUCAAAAGAGAGCAGCGCCCUAGAAAAUGGCGAUCGCUGCUUCAAUAACGGGUUUCUACGCGCCCUGAUGAAUACAUUCACCAGUACGGCCUACGAAAGCUAUAUGACAGGCUCACCAACCUCGGAUCACCUCUUGACCCUCACCAAAGUCAACGUUUUUCGUGCAUUCGGGAAUAAUCUUCGCCUGGCUGGAGGCUGCUUGGACAAUAUGGAGGAUGACUCGAUCUCCCACUUCAAUACGGAGGCACCGAGAAAUGCCAAACUAGUGGAAGAUAGCAUGCCGCUUAGCUUACGACCGACGCGAGUCCAAAAAACCAUACCACAUCACCCUUGGUUGGACUUCUUUCCUCUGCCUAAAAUGCGCGACAACAUGAUCCAAGCGGGCGAUGAAUGGGACGAUGAGCAACUUUGUGUUGAUAUAAUGGGAUUUUGGAAUAUAGGUUCUGCAGAGAACUCUGGUCUGAUCGUCUGGGGCGAACCGUGGGAUAUCAAUAAUUGGGAGGUGACCGAAGCGUUUCUCAAGAAAUGGGCUUGGAUUGUCCGAGGGUGCCCAGAGUUGAUGAUAUCCACGAAUAAAUGGCGGGCGAAGCGAGGGGAGAAGCUCAUAUUCCGCUAUAUCUAA